AUGAGUCCGGGCACGGGCAAGACGGCGCUGUGCCGGGAGCUGGUGUGGCCGCGCGCGGGCCCCUCCGGGCGGCAGCAGCGCGCGCUGCGCCGCCGGCUGCUCGCCUUCCACUUCUGCCAGGCGGCCGACGAGGCGACGCUGGCGCCCGCCAACUUCGUGCGCGCGCUCGUCGCGCAGCUCCUGGCGCGCUCGCAGCCGCCGCCGCCCGCGCCCGCCGACGCCGCCACCUCGCCCUCGUCGCCGCACCUGCCCAAGGCGUUCGGCGCCACCGCCGACGGAUACGCAGAGAAGGUGCGCACGGACCCCGAGAUCGUGGCGGCGCUGCGGCCGGAGAGCGUUGAGCGCGACCCUGACGAGGCCCUGAAGCGUGCCGUGCUGUUCCCGCUGCUGGAGCUGGAGCCGCCGCGGCACGCGCUCUUCCUGCUCGUCGACUCCAUCGACGAGGCGCAGACCUCCUCCGCCGGCGGCUCCUCGCUGGCCUCGGGCGGCGGGGGCGGCGGGGGCGGCAGUAACAGCAGCAGCGCGCGCCGCGGCAGCGCGGGCGGGGGGCCGUCGCGCACCGUGGCAGAACUGCUCGCCGCCACGCACCACCUCUUCCCGCACUGGCUCGCCCUCGUCUGCACCGCUCGCAGGCACAGCCGCGCGGUGGCGCGCCUGUUCGCGGGCUUCCGGCGCAUCGCGCUGGACGACCUGCGCAAGUCGCAGGUGGUGCGCGACGUCCAGCAGUACAUCCUGGCGCGGCUCGACCAGGAGGACGCGCUGCGGCAGCACAUCAGCCGCGACACCGCCGAGAUGCUCAACCAGCUGCACAUCAAGAGCAACGGCUGCUUCCUCUACCUCGAGAAGGUGCUCGACGGCGUCGCUGAGAACUUCAUCGUGCUCAGGGAGGUUCGCGAAAUACCGGGAACUCUGAAUGGCCUGUACCUGUGGCUGUGCCAGCGGCUGUUCAGCAGGAAACAGUUCGCCAAGGUUCAGCCACUGCUCAAUGCAAUGCUAGCUGCGAGGCGGCCUCUGUCCCACGACGCGCUCUUCCGGUGUGUGAGGGUGCACAACUGCCAGAUCACGAGAGAGGACUUUGCUAGAAGACUGCACCUCUUGAGGAGAGUACUCGCACAGGGUGGCAGCAGCGGGAGCCCACCACAGCUCUUCCACCACAGUUUCGCCGAGUGGCUGCUCGAUGUGAAGCACUGCACGCAGAAGUACUUGUGCUCUGCUGCGGCGGGUCACGGCAUGCUGGCCGUGUCGCUCUCCCAGUUUGGGCGGCAGCUCCCCGUGGAGGAGGUCCCGUCAUUGGCCAUGCACAUGGUCCGGUCGCAGUGGCCGCCACCGCAGCCACAGCCGGCAGCACAGGUGCAGGCCCUGCCUGCUGGCCUUGACCCGCACACUGUGCUCGUGCUGUGGCUCAUUGACAGUGGGGCACCUGUUGAAGACUGUCUGUUAGAGGUUGAUGACGGAGACUACACAACAGCAAAUGCAUGGAGGACGCUGCCACUGCCGAAGGACAACAGGGUGCUGAGGCUCCUGGCAGAUGCAGGGGCCAGGGUGCCUACAGAGGAGCAAGUCCAUAGUGAUGCGGCCUUAUCGACAGCCUUAGACAUUAGUACCUUAGCUAUCAUAGAUAGCACGGAAGAUGUAGCACUUUCUAGUCAGAUAUCCGUAGAUGGCAACGCCAGCCCUCUACGCCCUAUCUCCCCCGUAGAUCCAUUGCUGGAACUACUGGGGGCAGACGGAGAUGUGAACCGAGCCGACUCUGGUGGCAGGACGCUGCUGCACGCCCUCGCUGCCGAGGGAGAUGCAGCUCUACUGGCGCUGGCAGCCGCCAGGCCUGGCGCUUGUCUGGAGGCGACUGACAGACAUGGCCAGACACCUCUGAAUCUGGCUGCGAGGCAUGGGCAUGCUGCAGUUGUGGCAGCCCUGUUGGCGGCAGGGGCGCGCGCGGACCAUGCAGACUGCGAUGGCUGGACAGCACUCAGGGCUGCAGCCUGGGGUGGUCACACUCAGGUUGUGGAAGCACUUCUGGCGCACGGUGCAGCUGUUGACUGUGCAGACUCUGACCAGAGGACAGCACUGCGAGCUGCCGCAUGGGGAGGACAUGAGGACAUCGUCCUGGCCCUGCUUCGACACGGUGCUGACGUAAAUCGAACAGAUGAUGAGGGGCGAACGGCCUUGAUUGCUGCAGCAUAUAUGGGUCAUUCUGAGAUAGUUGAGCAUUUGCUCGACUUUGGAGCAGAGAUCAACCAUGAAGAUGCUGAUGGUCGAACAGCACUGUCUGUAGCAGCUCUCUGUGUGCCUGCAAAUGAAGGAUAUGUGAAGGUAGUAAAUAUCCUCCUUGAACGUGGAGCUGCUGUGGACCACCAGGACAAAGAUGGAAUGACCCCACUGCUGGUUGCUGCCUUUGAAGGUCACAGGGAUGUUUGUGAAUUACUUCUGGAGUACGAGGCUGAUGUUGACCACGCAGAUCGAGCAGGUCGCACUCCACUGUGGGCUGCGUCAUCCAUGGGGCAUUCAUCGGUAGUGGAGCUGCUUCUGUUCUGGGGCUGUUAUGUUGAUAGCAUUGACCCUGAAGGGCGUACUGUGCUGAGUGUUGCUGCUGCACAAGGUGGCACCGAUGUUGUCCGGCAGCUGCUCGACAGGGGGUUAGAUGAACAGCAUCGAGAUAAUUCUGGAUGGACUCCAUUGCAUUAUGCAGCAUUUGAAGGUCAUAAGGAUGUGUGUGAAGCUCUCCUGGAGGCAGGAGCGAGGGUGGAUGAAGCGGACAAUGACGGGAAAGGACCGCUGCUGCUGGCCGCCCAGGAAGGGCACUCGCUGCUAGUGGAGAUGCUGCUCUCAGAGCAUGCUGCCCCUCCUGACCAGCGUGCACACGAUGGGAAAACUGCCCUCAGGUUAGCAGCAGUGGAAGGUCACAGUGAUGUUGUGAUCAGCCUUCUGGCCCACGGUGCUGAUGUUAACGUAUUAGAUGCAGACGGACGGAGCACUCUCUAUGUUCUUGCUCUUGAGAACAGAUUGGCCAUGGCAAGGCUGUUAUUAGAGGAGGGGAAUGCAGAUGUUGAAACAAGAGAUUCUGAGGGUCGUACCCCGUUGCACGUAAGUGCAUGGCAGGGACAUGCAGAAAUGGUGGCACUACUGCUGACUGUUGGAGGUGCAGAUGUUGAUGCCACAGACAAUGAGAACCGUACAGCACUGCACUCGGCUUCAUGGCAGGGACAUGCGGCCAUUGUGCAGCUGCUUCUGGAACAUGGGGCAAGACCUGACCACACGUGUAAUCAGGGGGCCACUGCACUAGGUAUAGCUGCUCAGGAGGGACAUGAAGGCUGUGUCCGUGCACUCCUAGAGCACGGUGCAGAUCCUAAUCACUCUGAUCGCUGUGGCCGCAACGCUCUACGCGUCGCUGCCAAGAGCGGUCAUGAGGGUGUCGUGAGACUCCUUGAGGAGUUUUCUAUUUCACACAGGACAUCACAAGCCAGAAGUACUAGUGGAGGUGGCAGCAGCAGUGCAACCUCGCUGACUUCGGGUUCAACAGCAGAGACGAAACCUUCCUCGGCGGUGCUGUGCCCUCCGGGGCCGGGGCCUUGCCGAAGUUGCUCACCUGUCGAGUCUCCGGACUCUGGCAAGCGGCGCUCCUUUGUGUCACUUGGUAACAACUCCAGCAACAGCAAGUCCAGCAGCAACUUCACUGGCUCUACAAAGAGCUCGCAGAGAUCCCAGGAGCCUGGGGCUGCUGGUGGUACGAGCACUGCUAGUACUGCUUUAGGAGCUCCGUCUACACCGAUGCAGCAUCCUCAACAUCAGGCUGUACUGUCAUUCACGCAACAACUACAACAGUGUUCGAGGGGUACGAGAACCCGCCCACUGAGCCGGCUGCUGUCACCACUGCAGUCGGAGCCCCAGAGCCCAAUCUACGCUUCACCGCCCCAUUCGCCUCUGAGUGACGUGGCGGUGCCUAGCUCUCCCCUUGCCCUGAACCCCGCAGCUCUUGCACCACAGCACCAGCAGUUGCCGCUUCAGCAGCAGCAGACAGGGCUGCACAAGGGAGGCCUGCUCACGACGACUGCAUCCCUAAUGGCAGAUUCGCACUUUGCACGUGACACGCACAUGAGGAUAAUUCUUGGUAACAGCUCAGGCACUGAGGGACGAGGACCUCCAGGUCUUCUGUCACCUCAGGUUGCAUCUGAAUGCACAAAUUCCAAGUUUGGUGGUGGGACUGCAUCCCCAAUGGCAGACUCGCCAAGUGACACGCACAUGAGGAUAAUUCUUGGUAAAAGCUCAAGCACUGAGGGACGAGGACCUCCAAGUCUUCUGUCAUCUCAGAUUGCAUCUGAAUGCACAAAUUCCAAGUUUGGUGGCGGGAACGCAUCCCUAAUGGCAGACCCCCACUUUGCACGUGACACACACAUGAGGAUAAUUCUCGGUAACAGUGCAAGUGCUGUGGGUCGAGGGCCUCCAGGUCUUCUGUCAUCUCAGGGUGCAUCUGAAUACACAAAUGCCAACUCUGGUGGCGGGUACAAAAUAUGGAAUGCUGGGAUGCUUCAAAAACAUGUCAAGAUAGGCACAAGAUCAUCACUUAUGAAGGCAACAGCAAAAGUCUGGCUGAAACACAGAAAAAGAGGACUACUGAAGCCACGGCGAAAUGGCAUUGUGACAAAUCCUGCCCUACGAAUUGUGGCAGGUGUGAAGAAUGGACUGGAUGCUGCAGCAGGGCGGAAACAUACCACAGCAGCAAGCCGUUUGCAACAACCGAAGAACAAUGGCUUUCAGUGGCGUAAGGAAACUCCCCUCUGAGAUGAUUGGUGAUCCCAGCUUUCUGUGAAAGAAGAGGAUAUAUAAAAUACAUAAUAUGUGACCUCUUGUCAAUACAACUGCCAUAGUCUUUGUAGACAGGGAAGUGUUUAUCUAGAGUGUGAAUGUAAAUAACAGCAAACCUUUGUUUUGUAUUUUUAUCAAGAAUAAUUUAAACUGGUCUAUGUUUAAGUAAAAUCAAAUCUGUUGUGAGCUCUCUUUAAGAGUGUUUCUUAUUUGUACAGCACAAUAGUCAUUAUUUUGUAGAUGUCGUUUUGCAAGCAUAGUUUUUAAGCUGUGUUUAGAAGACUUAAAACUGGGUUUAGUGUGAAAUAAGCUUUGCCACAUGAACUUCAGUAUGUAAGGAGCAAUCUGAGAGUAAGAAACUUGCAGAUCUUGGUGUUGACUGGGCAUUUUUUUUAGAAGUGAAUGGGUAUGAAUACUCAUUGGUCUAAUACAUAACACAGUCUUAUAGGUUCCUAAGUGUCUGAGCUGAUGGUCAGUUAAUAUUUACCCCACUCUUCAUUUUUCAUUGGACCACUGACAUCAGUUGAAUAUGUAUAUAAUCUCAGUGAUCCAAGUGCAGUUACAUAAUUGAAAUCAGGAUAAUGAUUUCCUAAAUUAGCUUGUAGUUUGCCACUGUAAAUAGACAUCUAAUAAUGACAGUAAUUUUGUGUUUUGUGUUAUUUAUUGUACAAAUAGUGUUUUAAAUGCCUUUUAUGUCUGUGUAUUUGAUGUCGGUCCUUCUUUGCUAAUUUUCAUUUUCCUGGAAUUGUGAUAAAUGUUUUCAGCUCUUAUUUGGUGUUAGUAGAUGUUACUCCUAAUCCAGAUACCAUGUGAUAAAGUUUAGUAUACAUGUAUAGAAUUUAAAAGACAAAUAUCUGUUAAGAAUUAGAACUGUUAUUUACUUUAAAUUUUCAGAGACGAUUAAAGGAGUUGUGUAAAAAAACUAUAUAUAGACUAUUGUUAGCACAGUGUAUAAUUGAUAGUGUUGCAUAUAUUUGAGAAAGCCAAAUGUAAUUGAAAAACAUAAAUGUUAAGCACAUCUUAUUUAUUUGUGGUUGAAUAUACAAUUGAUCUCAUUCUUUUAUAGAAAUACAUGUUCUUUAUAUCAAGGAACACUGCUGACAUUGUGAUUAAAAAGUGCUGAAGUGCCAUUUAAGAAGCUAUAAAAUACAUGUAUUCUUCUCAAGCAUUACUAGAAUCUGAGGAACCAUCUAAAGCUCCAGUAAUUAAUGUCAAAUGGAAGCCAGUAAAAGAAAUUUUGUAUAAAGAGAUGACUCGCUGUGGAGAAAACAUUAAGAAAAAUCGGACAGCUUUUUGCACAAUUUUCGCAGCUUGAGAUGCUGUUGGAAGCUAGAGCCCAACUAAGCUUUACCCUGUGGAUCUAAAUUGCUUGGGCUGCGAAAAUGGUGAUAGAAAUCUUACUGUGCUGGAAGAAUGCAUGGACUAUUAGAUCCAUUGAUUUAUUGAUGGAAGUACGCUCUUGUACUGUUGGAGACUGAUGUAUUUUGACACUGAAAUUGUCCAGUAUCAUUGAAUUUUCAUUUGCCAAAUACUUUCACUAUGAAGAGAUGUAAAUAGCCAUAAUAUAAAGUAUAUUCCACAUCGGUGAUUUUUUUAUAAGAAUUAAACCUUAUACCUGAUUACAUUGUGUUACACCUACAGUUGAAUGUGUAUGAAAUAAUUGUACAUUAUUUAUUGUAAUUUUCUCUUGUCAAAAUUUGAUAUUCCUUAAAGCCCUUUUCCAUAAGGCAUUAAAAGAAAGGAGCUUCAAACCGAUGUAAAAUUAACCUGGUUAUUUCAGAAAAAAACAUUUGUAUUUUCAUGUGUAAAAUAACAACAUAAAUACAAGACUAUCAAAAUAGAAGGCAAUAAUAAUUUUUUGUAAUGUUUUGAAGUUUAACAUUGGUAUGACAGUAAAUAAUGAAGAUUAACAAAAAUUACAUUCCUGGAACAUCGGUCUAAGAAUGUAUCAAGAAUUGACUAUUACAUGUAGAAAAGAAAAUUACUUUUAAAAUAUGAAUGUAUUUUCAAUGAAGGUUGAAUGUUUUGUGAGAUGCUUAGGGGCCUACAUACAUAAUUACUGUAUUCUUGUCAUUAAUAUGAGCUGCCAAGCAAAUGUAUUACUACUACUAUUAUUAUUACUGAUAUUAGUUGGAAAAAUCUUUUUUCCUGAAGUUGUUUAUUUUUGUUACUGAAUUUUGAUCUGUUUCUUUUGAAUUUCUGCUAAUUUAAGUCAUGAGGAAAUAUAACCAUUUUGUAAUUUAUGUACUUUAUGUACGCUGUGGAACAAUGCUUUGAGAAGAUAAGAAAGAAACUACCUUGUGUUGUAAAAGUCAUGGCUGAAACA